CCCGGUCUUCUCUUUUCUUCUCUCAUUCACUUUGCUGUGUGUAUGCAGUAGGGUCAUAAAAGAGACAAGGAAUAAAGAACAAUUAAAGAGGUAGCUGAACAAACAGAACCAGAGGAAGCUAGAAGGGAGGGGAGCAGAUUGCUGUGUGAGCUCUUGGUGCUGCAGUCAGAAAUAUUGGAUACUAAAUCCACUGAAUGAUCUGCCUUCUAAACAUAGGCAGAUAGCCUUCCUUCUAUUCUGUACCUAUUGCCUCACAGAUAUGCUACCGGGAUUCCUUAUUUAUCUAGCCUGGAUUACUGGAAUGAACUUUGCCUAUUCGGAAAGUGAGCAGUCAGAAAACACGUGUCCUCUUGGAUUCUUCCCUUGCGGUAAUAUCACAAAGUGCCUUCCUCAGUUUAUGCACUGCAAUGGAGUGGAUGAGUGUGGAAAUCAAGCAGAUGAAGAGAACUGUGGUAGGAGACAACAAUGGGUGGUCUCAGCAGCUUGACAAGCACUUUGAGAAGCACUAUGAGAAGUUUGGUGUGAAUAUCUUUGACUCAGAGAUGAAGGAGGCAGAAUGCUUGCUUGGGGAAGUGCCAGCUCAGUGUUUGUGCCGUGAAUUAGAACUUGACUGUGAUGGAGCCAAAUUACGAAGUGUCCCUUCUGUCUCCUCAAAUGUGACCAUGUUGUCAUUGCAGCAUAAUCUAUUAAAGAAACUUGGCUCAGAUUCAUUUUGCCAGUAUCCAGACUUACGUUACUUAUAUCUACAGCAUAACAGAAUUAAGACCAUAUCUGUGAAUGCAUUCAGAGGACUCCACAACUUAACAAAGCUUUACUUGAGUCACAAUGCAAUAACAACGCUGAAACCUGGAGUAUUUCGAGACCUUCACACCUUAGAAUGGUUAGUCAUAGAGAACAACAAACUCAGCAGGAUCUCUCCUCAGAUAUUCCAAGGAUUAAAAUCACUCAUACUGUUAGUCAUGCUGAACAACUUUUUGGGACGACUGCCAGAUAAACCUCUUUGCCAGUACAUGCCAAAACUAAACUGGUUAGAUUUUGAAGGCAAUUACAUCCCCGCCCUAAAGAACACAACAUUUAGCUCCUGUUCUACAUUAACUGUUCUAGUUUUGCGGAAGAAUAAAAUCCUUGCAAUAAGUGACAACACUUUUUCAUCCCUCUCUAGAUUGGAUGAGUUAGACUUGGCUAAUAACAGAAUUGAAGCAUUUUCUUCCUCUUUACUGAAGGACAUGAAGGAAUUAUCACAACUAAAUAUUUCCUACAACCCAUUACAGAAGAUUCAAGUGGACCAGUUUGAUUAUGUACCUACCCUGAAAUCCUUAAGUCUUGAGGGAAUUGAAAUUCCAAAUAUUCAAAGAAGAAUGUUUAUGCCCCUCAAAAAUCUCACCCACAUAUAUUUUAAGAAAUUUCAGUACUGUGGCUUUGCCCCUCAUGUGCGGAAUUGCAAGCCAAACACAGAUGGCAUCUCUUCUCUGGAAAAUCUUCUUGCCAGUAUAGUACAGCGGGUCUUUGUUUGGGUUGUUUCUGUGGCUACUUGCUUUGGGAACAUCUUCGUCAUCUGCACACGGCCAUACAUCAGAUCCGAGAACAAGCUACAUGCUAUGUGUAUCAUUUCUCUUUGUUGUGCCGAUUGUUUAAUGGGAAUCUACUUAUUUGUUAUUGGAUACUAUGAUGUAAAAUACAGAGGUGAAUACAACAAGAAUGCCCAGUCCUGGAUGGACAGUACACAAUGUCGUCUUGUUGGAUCAUUAGCCAUACUCUCUACGGAAGUCUCAGUCUUACUCCUUACCUACCUGACUUUGGAAAAAUACAUUUGCAUAGUGUACCCUUUUAGGUAUCUGAAACCAGGAAAAUGCAGGACGAUAAUCACCUUAAUACUUAUUUGGAUUAUUGGUUUUAUUAUAGCUUUUAUACCCCUCAGCAAUGAACAUAUUUUUCACAACUACUAUGGAACAAAUGGAGUCUGCUUCCCACUACACUCAGAACAACCAGAAACGACUGCGGCUCAGAUAUACUCAGUAGUCAUCUUCCUUGGUGUGAACUUGGCAGCGUUCAUCAUCAUUGUGUUUUCCUACAGUAGUAUGUUCUAUAGUAUCCAUCAAACUGCAAUUAUGGCUACUGAAAUCCACAACCAUAUCAAGAAAGAAAUGACCUUAGCAAAGAGGUUCUUCUUCAUUGUCUUCACGGACGCUCUGUGCUGGAUUCCGAUUUUCAUACUUAAACUCCUAUCACUGCUUCAAUUUGAGAUACCAGGUUCCAUCAGUUCUUGGGUGGUGAUCUUCAUAUUGCCAAUAAACAGUGCUCUGAAUCCCAUAUUGUACACCAUAACAACUAGACCAUUUAAGGAAAUGAUCUGUCAGAUUUGGAACAACUACAAACAACGACGUUCGAUUGGGAACAAAAGCAGACCAAAGGUUUACUCUCCAUCCUUUUUCUGGGUGGAGAUGUGGCCACUACAAGACAUUUCUGCAGAAAUGAUGAGACCUGGUCUUUAUACGGACUCUGAAGUGUCAGUAGCUACUCACGCCACAAGACUAAGCUACACAUAGUAGCAGAUAACAACUUUGCAUUAUUAUUUUUUUUACAAUUCAAAUAAUGCGGGUAAGCAGACAAUCUGAAAAACAAUCUGUUUCUGAGCUUCUGACUACUGAUUGACUGAAUUCCAGCAAUGAAACAGAUGACUGUGCUUUUGCCUGGACACACGGCUGAAUGGUCUUUAAUAUAUAUUAUGUUGAUAAUUUUCUAGAUUUUUUUGUAUCUUCGCUGUUAUAAGUCAACAUGCUCACAGCAAAUUAAUUUAAUACCACAAACCCUGUGUGUAAGUAAAGCACAACUUAAGCUUUCACCCCACCAAGCUUAAUUUUAGGCCAAAGGUGUUUACCUAUGAAAGUAAGGACAGAGAUUGGGUGAGAAAGAAUGUAUUAUGACAGAUAUUAUCUGUCCAACAUUUUCUUUAUCUUGUAUAGUAAAAAUGAAUUGACAGACUCACUUUGACUGGACUUCUUCUUAAGCCACAUUCACUCAACUGAAAUGAAUAUUGGAAAAAAAAAAAAAGCAUCCAAGCAGAGGCUGUGUCUGUGAAUUUUGAUGCAGAAUUUCCACAGAUUUACGCACAGAAUUUUAAGCACCCAAAGCCAAUCUGUUGGGUAUUUGUUGUGGAUUUCUCUAUAUAUGUCACAACAAAAGCUGCAUGUA